AUGGCCCCCGUUCAUUCACCAACAUCAUUGCGACAAAAGACCCAGCACGCCUCGCGCCGUGUCAUAUUGUCUGCGCACUAUGACAGCAAGUUCUUCCCCAACUACCCAGAUAAUCAGUUCCUAGGUGCGACAGAUUCCGCAGCACCAUGCGCUAUGAUGCUCGACCUAGCAGAGACCUUGAACCCCCUUCUCGACCAGCGCAAACAACGUCUCGAGGAUGGAUAUGAAGAUGAUGAAGAUGUGGCAGAUACAACCCUUCAACUUGUGUUCUUUGAUGGCGAGGAAGCCUUCAAAGAUUGGACUGACACAGACUCUGUUUAUGGGGCUAGACAUCUCGCGAACAAAUGGUCAACAACUUACAUAGCACCUAAUUCUAAACGGCGGCUGCUUGGGCAUGCAAGUUUGACAGAGUUAUCGACUAUAGAGCACAUCAUCCUCCUCGAUCUCCUCGGUGCCCCGAACCCGACAAUACGGUCUUAUUUCAUUGACACGGCUUGGUUAUUUGAUGCCAUGAUUUCCGCAGAAACUCGACUCAAGGAUGCCGGUGCUCUUGAUGCAUCCGAAACGUCUUCAAACUUCCGCAGUUUCUUCUUACCUCGAACAGGGUCUGGGAACCAAUACAGCUACGGCUACAUCGGAGAUGAUCACGUACCCUUUCUACACAAAGGCGUCAACAUUCUUCAUAUUAUUGCAUAUCCUUUCCCGCGUGUCUGGCACACUCUUGGGGAUGAUGCCUCAGCACUUGACCUAUUAACCAUGCGCCGAUGGAACAUGAUACUACGCGUGUUCAUGUCCGAAUACCUGAAUCUUCGACCUGAAAUAUCGCAACCGUCCCCUAAGCACGAUCGCCUCCAUCGUUCUGCCAGUGAAUUGGUGAGAUUUAUUCUAGUUAUCGAUGUCUCACACUCAGUAAAACCAUGGAGCCCAGUGACCUUGCGAUAA